CCUUCAUUGUGUUUAUUUGAAUUAUGUAAAAGCUUUUCCUAAACCCAAGCUGCCUUCUAUCCCAGUGCAAGAUCCCAGUUCCUUCUUUCCUCGGUGAUACCCAUGAGCUGCCAGUAGAGGCUGCUGUAGUUCCACGUGGGAAUGGCCUGGUCAGGGCUUGCCCUGCCCGGUCCCCUCUUUCCUUCAGACUCAUUCCCUCUCUAAACAAUGCUGUUUGUUGAGGAGACUACUGGUCUUGGUUUAAAAUUACUCAGAGGGCUCUUAGGAAGUUCCAUCUCCCUCUGAAAUAGUUUCCUCACUUCCACUGUGCAAGUAGGCUUCUGGUUUCCAGUGAGCCCUCAUUGUGUGAAAUUUUAAGGCCCUCAGUGGAGGUACAUCUACUCUUCCAUUUCAGAGACUAGUGCCACUAGCUAGCAGUUCUGUCUACCCUGUCUGGUGGUGUUAAAACACUGUGCGUAAUCAUCACCUUUCAGUCUUCAAUCUGUAGGGUAAUUUUACGGCUUUCUUGUUUGUGGUUUUUGAAACAGGGUCUUACCUAGUUGACCUAUAACUCAUGGUGUAGCCCAGGCUGGCCUCUACUCUCAGCAAUCCUCCCUCAUCCUCCUCAGUGCUGGGAUUAUAGGCAUGAGACACCAAACCCUACUAUGCCUUCUUUAUAGACAAGAAUCUUCCUUAAGCUCACACAACUUAGAUGGGAUCAGGGUACAGAUCUGAACAAGUGAGUCCAGUUCAGAACCUCAGCCACUCUUCCUAACUAUAUAGAAAAGGCCUGAUGAGACUUUGAAUCAGGGGCAUGACAUUUGGUCACAGGCAGAACUGAGUGCUUAUUGCUGGACUGGGCAGUGGAUCCAGGAACUGUUGGUUGGGGUAUAAUUCUGUGAAGAGGAAACUUUUUUUUUUUAAAGGAUUCAUUAGUGCCUUUAAAAAUAAUGACAAUAAAACUUUUGUUAGUUUCCUGCAUGUGUCACAUAGGCCAGGCUUGUGCAUCAGUUUGCCUUCUCCGAACUGUUGAGGGUACAAGAUAAAGUUCUUCAUUAGUCUAGAUGCCUCCUUGUCCCCUCUAAAUGAUAGAAAUCUAUAGUUGCUACUGACUGCUAACUGUAGGAAUUUAGGAACAAGGAAGAAGCUAUAGAUGUGGAAGUAAUGACAAACAAACCACAGGACUGAAAGUUGGAACAGAAUUACAUAAGUCAAGGCCAGAAAUUUCCUGUCCAGCCCACAGGGUGGAGUUUUCUCCAUUUCUCUCCAUCAUACUGCAUAUAAGCCCUGCAUUGAUGUUAGAAACAGAAAAGAGCUGCUGUUAGGACUGAUGACAGCCCUCAGCUUCAGCCAUGAAUCUCAAGGUGGUGCUGGUGUUCCUGGUGCUCUCUCUUGUUACUGUUUUCGCUCUGGCCUAUGUCUUGCUGACUAAGCAAGGUGGUUCGAGCCAGCCUCCUCGGUGCCCCUCUAUACCUCCUGGUACCCAGGCUUGGACAAACCCUGGUCAGAGCCAGCUGUUUGCAGACCUGAGCCCUGAAGAGCUGACAGCUGUGAUGAGCUUUCUGACCCAGCAGCUGGGCCCAGGGCUGGUGGAUGCAGCCCAGGCUCGGCCCUCAGACAACUGCAUCUUCUCCAUAGAGCUGCAACUACCACCCAAAGCUGCAGCCCUGGCCCACCUGGACAGAGGGGGCCCCCCACCUGCCCGGGAAGCACUGGCCAUCGUCUUCUUUGGUGCACAAUCCCAGCCCAAUGUGAGUGAGCUGGUGGUGGGGCCUCUGCCUCACCCUUCCUACAUGCGGGAUGUGACUGUGGAGCGGCAUGGUGGCCCCCUGCCUUAUCACCGGCGUCCCUUGCUGAGAGCUGAGUUUGUCCAGAUAUGGAGGCAUUUGAAAGAGGUGGAGCUACCCAAGGCACCCACCUUUCUGGCUUCUGUCUUGAGCUACAAUGGCUCCACCUUGGCACCUCUGCAUGCCACUGCUAGUGGCUCACGCUCAGGGGACCGGGCUACCUGGAUAGCUCUCUACCAUAACAUCUCAGGGCUUGGUAUCUUUCUUCACCCUGUGGGACUGGAGCUACUGCUGGACCACAAAGCCCUGGACCCUGAUCGUUGGGCUGUCCAGCAGGUCUUCUACCUUGGACACUACUAUGCAGACUUAGCCCAGUUGGAAGGGGAGUUUAAGACUGGCCUCCUAGAAGUGAUUCAAGUCCCUCUACCCACAUUAAAUGGGGCUUCCUCCCUGAGGUCUCGAGUCACCCCAGACCCUCUCCCCCCUCUACAGUUCUCACCCCAGGGUCCCCCGUAUAGUGUACAGGGGAGCAAAGUGGUAACACCCCUCUGGACAUUUACCUUUGGCCAUGGGGUAUUCAGUGGCUUAAGGAUUUUUGAUAUUCGGUUCCAAGGUGAGCGAGUAGCUUAUGAAGUCAGUGUCCAGGAGUGCCUGACUGUUUAUGGUGCUGAUUCACCCACAACAAUGAUGACCAGAUACUUGGAUAGCAGCUAUGGUCUUGGCCGGAACAGUCGAGGUUUAGUCCGGGGAGUUGACUGCCCCUAUCAAGCCACAAUGGUGGACAUCCAUAUAUUAGUGGGUACAGGGGCAGUUCAGCUGCUCCCAGGGGCUGUGUGUGUAUUUGAGGAGACCCAGGGGCUACCCCUUAGAAGGCACCACAAUUACAUUGGGAGUCAUUUCUAUGGUGGUUUGGCCAGCUCAGCCCUUGUGGUUAGGUCUGUGUCAUCUGUGGGCAACUAUGACUACAUUUGGGACUUUAUGUUGUACCCAAAUGGAGCACUUGAAGGGCGUGUCCAUGCCUCAGGCUAUAUCAACACAGCUUUCCUAAGUGGAGAAACCCAGAGCCUCCUCUUUGGGAAUCGUGUGGGAAAACAAGUCCUGGGAACAGUGCACACACAUGCCUUCCACUUCAAGCUGGACCUGGAUGUGGCAGGGCUGCAAAACUGGGUGGUGGCUGAAGAUGUGGUAUUUAAACCCGUGGCAGCCCCUUGGAACCCGGAGCAUCGGCUGCAGCGCCCGGAGCUGACCCGGCAGGUCCUGAGCAAGGAGGACUUGGCUGCAUUUUCCUGGGGAAGCGCCCUUCCCCGCUACCUUUACCUGGCUAGCAACCAGACCAAUGUCUGGGGUCACCAGCGCGGGUACCGAAUCCAGAUCUACAGUCCCUCUGGUAUACACAUGCCUCUGGAGAGUGACACAGAGAAGGCCCUCAGCUGGGGGAGAUACCAGUUGGUGGUGACCCAGAGGAAGGAGGAGGAGUCCCAGAGCAGCAGCAUAUAUUACCAGAAUGACCUAAGGACCCCCACUGUGGCCUUUGCUGACUUCAUCAACAAUGAAACCCUCCUAGGAGAGGAUCUGGUGGCUUGGGUGACAGCCAGCUUCCUGCAUAUUCCCCAUGCUGAGGACAUCCCCAACACAGUGACCGUGGGCAACAGAGUGGGCUUCUUGCUCCGACCCUACAACUUCUUUGAUGAAGACCCUUCCAUCUUCUCCCCUGGCAAUGUCUACUUUGAAAGGGGCCAGGAUGCUGGCCUCUGCAGUGCCAAUCCUGUGGCGUGCACCCCACAGCUGGCAGCCUGUGUCCCAGACUUGCCUUCCUUCUCCUAUCAAGGCUUCUAGGCUGAGGAUAGGCUGAAACCAUGGGGGAGAGGGAAGUGAGCAUGCACCUUCACUCGGCUGCUCUUCCUGCCCUUUGUUUUUAUCGCACCUCCCUGGGCUGACAGCCUCAGUUCCUUAAGAAAUAGUCUCUUCCCACAUGAAAACCCUGUGUAUUUCUUUGACUGAUUCCUCCUUUCUGCCCAUUUUUAAAAUGACAAACUUAUAAAAAUGAUUUUUGAAUACUCAACAAAAAACCCCACAAAUCCUACCAUUCAAAUCUAACCAUUACACCAGGUCUUCACAUGUGGGUGUAUCCAAGAGGAAUAGUUAUUAUGUGUAAUUGAUAAUAAAAUGUCUAA